AUUUUAUUAUGGAUAAGAUGCUUGGACUCCAUGGGAGCAACUACCUUCUCGUAAAAAGCGAGUUAGGAAGAAGCAGGCCGCCUACCAUGUUCCUUCCUGAUGAGACUUAUUCGUAUGGCGUUGCCAAUAUAUAUGAUAAAGAAGCCAUCAAGAAAUUGACUAGCUCAUGGACUAGUCAUAUUAAUUCUAAAGAAAGACUGCCAGAAAUUGAUUUCAUUAAGCUAAAUAAGAAGGGGUGUAGGAAGAUCAAGAACUCCCGAGAUUUGUCUGAGUUUUAAAAAGCAACAUGAACUACCUAGAAGAAAUUUUAAGAGAGGCAGGAAGAGAGACUAUUUGAAAUACCAAGCUGAUGUAACAAUCUCGUACGGGAAACCAGUAAACUAUCAUAAUUCCAUGAGGGAGAUUAUGUCUGGGGAAUACGGUAUUGAAGCAGAGAACAAAAGAAAAUCCCAGUACGAGAUUCGCAGUCAGCAGAGAUCCAAGAGUAGAUAUAGAAGGGCUAUUCAAAUGACCAAGGCAUCUUCGAUCCUUGCUAAAUUUAAGAAAGAACGAGCCCAAAAUAGCGAAAUACUAGAUUUCAAGAUGAAGAAGUACAAAGAUACCAAAUCUAAAGUGAGAGAUGUCAUAGACAAGCAGAUAAAGAUGAUGAAUAAGAAGAAGCAGAAAGUAAUCACAAGGAAUUCUCUACAUUAA